AUGGACUUACUAAAACAGCUAGCGGCGGACCCGCUGGCGAUCAUCGGGCUUUCCCGGGACGCCGGGUCGGUAGAGAAGCUCAACAGCGUCACCAAAACGCUUUUGGACCCGAUCGCCAAGGACCACUCGGUGCUUGAUGAGCUUUAUGUGGAAGGCCUCGAUGCCACCCAGGUGUACGGCCAGGCGAAGAUGAUACUUGGCGGGGUGGGCGAGGCGCUUUUGUUUGAGAAGCUUCCGGAGCUCAAGCACCGUUUUGGCCUGGAGCCGGAGGAGGAUGAUGAGGAUGAUGAGGGGGAGGUUGAUGAGGAGGAUGAGGAGGUUGAUGAUGAGGAAGUUGAUGAGGAAGACGAAGAUGAUGAUGCAAAAGAAGAGGAAGAAGAAGAGGAAGAAGACGAAGAAGAGGAAGAAGACGAAGAAGAGGAAAACGAGGAUGAAGACCAGGUGGAUGACGCCGCCUCAGGCCUGGACGCAGAAACCCUCGUGGAAGAACCAGCAAAGAUCCAGAAAGACGCCUUCGGCCUCAACGACGACUUCUUCGACAUCGACGACUUCAACAAGCAGAUCGUGGAGCUCGAGGACGAGCCCGAGGACGACGAGCAGAUCGAUCUUUUCGACGACCUCAGCGACGAAGACAGCGACGAGGAGAUGGACUUCUACGACGGCUUUUUCGACAAGCCCGGCCACGUCAGAUCGAAGAAACAGCUUUUGCAGAACGAAGAAGACGAAGCGAGCGAGUUGGAGGAAGACGAAUACGAAAACGCCGUCGACGGAGCCAUGCUAGAUCUCUUCCCGGACGAAGAGGAGCAGCCCAAGAAGAAGAGCCAGUCGACGUACGAAAAACAGCAGGAGAAGCUUCGAGCCGAAAUCGCCAAUCUAGAAGCCGAGCUUGUGGCCGAGAAGAAGUGGACGAUGAAGGGAGAAGUCCGUUCAAAGGAUAGACCCACGGAUUCGCUUCUUGACGACGAGGAGGCUCCUUCGCUUGAGUUUGACCGCACGUCCAAGCCCGUGCCGGUCAUCACGGACGACGUCACCGAGAGUAUCGAGGACCUCAUCAAGCGGAGAGUCAGAAACGACGAAUUCGACGAUCUCCCCAAAAGACUCAUCACCGACGUGCUGAGGUUCUCCCAGCGGCAGAAAACGGACGUGUCCGAAGAAAAAAGCAGCAAGUCGUUGGCGGAAAUCUACGAGGACGAGUACCACGGCGUGGAUCCCGAACAAAAAAUCUCCGACGAGGUGCAACAGGCCCACGACGAAAUCACCGAUCUCUUCACCAGCGUCAACUACAAGCUCGACUCCCUCUGUCUGGCACACUACAUCCCCAAACCACACGAGUUCAAGACCAUCGACAUCAAGGUCACCGACGGCGCCGCUUCCAUCAACAUGGAGGACGCCCAGCCAUUGCAUGUUUCUAACGAAACCACCCUUGCUCCACAGGAAGUAUACAAGAUUGGAGACGACAAGCCCAAGGCCAACGGUGCUCAGGGCGUGAAGGAGGUGCAGUUGAAGAGCGGAUUGUCCUACUCCAAGGACGAGCUCAGCACAGAGGACAAGCAGAGAUUGAGGAGGUCCAAGAAGAGAGCCAAGUCGAAGCACAUGAAGGAGGUCAACGAGGCCAGAGAGCAGCGGAACAAGCAGAAUCCCGACGGAGGCGACAAGAAGAGACAGAAGGUGGGCGAUGCUUUGGGCGAUUUGGCCAAGGCGAAGAAUGUCACUGUGAUUGACAAGAAGGGCCAGAUGAGAGACGCCAAGGGACAAUUGAAGAAGAACAAGGGCCCACAGACGGGUUCGGAUUUCAGGUUGUAG